AGUACAGCGGUGCCGACGGCAGCGGUGAGACGCGCGCCAGAGCGAGCGAGCAGCGACGGACGGCGCAUAGUGAGCGGGUCGCGGCGGUGGGCGACGGUGGCGGCCGCGUCGGCGGAGAUGUAGGCACAUCUGAGCGCGCAGCAGACCGAUGGAGCGCGUGCGACUGUUCGCCGCCUGCGCGGGGCUCCUGUUCUCCUGCUGCUACGCCAACUAUGGGUCGUGGAUGAACCUGGGCAUGCAGGGCCUGGACGUGUGGAGGAACCCGCAGAUCUACGUGGUCGGCACGUCACCGUUGUGCGGCAGAAUAUCGGGUCUCAGCCCUGGACAGAGAAAGCUCUGUCAGUUGCGACAGGACCACAUGGGGAGCGUGGGCCGCGGCGCCCGGGCAGGCAUCGCCGAGUGCCAGCACCAGUUCCGCAACAGCCGCUGGAACUGCUCCACCGUCGACGACUCGUCCGUGUUCGGACCCGUCCUGCAGAUCCCGUCCCGGGAGGCGGCGUUCGCGCACUCGAUCGCGGCCGCCGGUGUGGUGAUGUCGGUGUCGCGCGCCUGUCGGGAUGGUCAGCUGGCCUCCUGCGGCUGUUCCCGGUCAGCACGACCGGCUGACCUCGACCCCGAGUGGACCUGGGGCGGCUGCGGCGACAACAUCCAGUACGGCUACAGAUUCGCCAAGGCCUUUGUAGACGUCAGGGAGAAAGAGCGAAAACGCAAGAAGGGGUCUGUCAAGCACGGAAGAUCCGUGAUGAACCUACACAACAACGAGGCUGGACGAAGGUCGGUGAUCAAUCUGACCAAGGUCAACUGCAAGUGUCACGGCGUGUCGGGGUCGUGCUCGACCGUGACCUGCUGGCAGCGACUCCCAGCCUUCAGGGAAGUCGGUGACCUGCUCAAGGACAAAUACGACGGCGCCACGGAGGUGCAGGUGACGCGGCGCGGCCGCCUGCGCGUGCGGUACCGCGGCUACAAGCGACCCACCGCCAACGACCUGGUCUACAUCCAGGAGAGUCCCGACUACUGUCGCAAGAACACCACCGUCGGCUCGUCAGGCACAACGGGUCGUGCCUGCGACCGCACAUCCCCCGGCACCGACGGCUGCGGCCUGCUCUGCUGCGGCCGCGGCUACAACACGCAGCACACCACCGUCAGCGAACGCUGCAGCUGCAAGUUCAUCUGGUGCUGCAAGGUGCAGUGCAAAACGUGCGUGCGCCGGCGCGUGCUGCACACGUGCAAGUGAGCGGCGGCGCGCCGCGGACGGUGGCGGUCACUGAUCACGUCGCGCGCCGCGCAGUGAACGCGGCGCGACUCUCAGCGCGGUGGACAGCGGCGCUGCAGCGAACUGCGAUCGUGGUGUAAACGGUGAUCAGAGGUGACGCGGAUCGAGCCAAAAACUGCUGACACGAUUGGUUUCGCCUUUGUUGACCAAUAACCGAGGAUUCCCGUGUAGAGUGGAGCCAGUGCGACAAUUCAUGCGGCGCGUGGAGAUACCGUAUAUUCACCUUGAGUACUAAAGACCAAUUAGAGAAUGCCGUGAGCUGUUCAUAGGCCCAUCGCGUUGCGUGCUUUAUGAAGUGUAAAUAUUGGCGUGUGAGCGCAAACACUCGACGUAUGAACUAGGAGCGAUUGUCAGUAAUAUUAAUUGUGUAAAUGUCGUGCAGGUGUGUCAAUACAUGGAGCGAAACGGCUGUACUAA